AUGACCAUUGGUAUUCGCCCCUACGCUGGAGAUAAUGGAUGUGUCUUGACGAAGGUCAUCCGAGAUUACAUGGAUGAACGGAAUGGAAUCCAGGAACUUUGGACUCUCAAAACCCUUCAUCCAAUGACCCGCCUGUGGCUUACACGUCGAGGAUUUGCGAAAGACGAAGACAUCGCCCUUCUGCAAGAAAAGGGAGGCGGGAGUCUUAGCAACACAAUUCUCGUCUUGCUACAUGUGACACCACGUCGUUUUCGAGACGCACCCACGACAUCCUCUAUGAGCUCAUUCCGCAGAUCAGAGAAACACCAUGACCCAGAGUUUAAGAUUAAUAAAGCGCAGCUUGAAAAAUCUGUUCGAGAUCUCUGUAGCCAAUUGAGUGAGAAGCUACCGGUUGAUUUUGAAAGUCCUAGCGAUAAUCUGAUUCAGGAUGUCAAAUCCAGGGUGGAAGAACUGGAAGAUGAUGUUGGGGAGGCCAACGUUCUCGAAAGAGAAGACCUGGAGACUUCUCGACUUUGUGUUGACGACCACGGGACCUUUAAAUUUGCCACUGAGAUCUCAGCCACUCCAUGGGAAAGGGAAAAUCCCCGUGCUCGUGCUGGUGACCGAAGCUUCACCGCUGGAGACAAAACUCGACAAGAACUCCUACAAGGCCGCAGAUAUCUCGGGACUCGGAUGAAAAUGCAGGGAAUGUUUGUUGUAACAAUACAUUCAUGCAUUGAGCUGUUUCUUCGUGUUGAGGAGCCUCUACAGGAAGUUAUUGUUAGAGCCGAGAUUAAGCCACCCGGUCAGCGACAUCCACACGUAUGGGCGCAAGAAACGCUCGCGACGGAUCCUGGGUCACUGUUGGCUUUUUGCGUUAUGUACACAAGGGAGGCCGUGGAAACAUCAUCCUAUGUGACUUCAAAUGUGGUCAGAGAUCUCUAUAAGGCCAACUCAUUCGUUCACUGGAUGGAGGGGGAAAACGUUGCAGACAUUAUUGCAAGGCCAAGGCAGUUUGUUACUGUGAGCUCAUUGACCCAGACCCUUCCUCGUGGUAUCCCACAGCCCGGCUCUUUCUACACGGACGACAGCAUUACCUUGAUCCCUGCCAAAGAGUUCAACCCGGGUAAAAAGCGCAAAAUGUCGGGAGCUUGA